CUGGUUCCUCCUCUCAUCAGGAUCCCACAAAAAUCAGCGCUUGCGCCAAUCUAGUCACUGUAGAGUUACUAGAAGGCGCGUCGGGUUCCAGUCGGCUGGUCGGGGCGGUGCACCGGAGACACGCAAAAGCUGCAGAAGCAACAAGCCCACACAAUGGGUAUUCCAGAGAAGCGCCCCCGCCCAAAGAAAGAUUUGCGCCGCCAUGUGUCGCUCAUGCGACAAGUGGCGAAGCAGGUGAUGAUCAACCGAGACCCGCACGAUGCCAGGCCGGUGCCCAGUCCACCCUGGUGGUCGACGGUGUUCUCGAGCCGCUACAAGACUGAGAUGUGUCAUCACCUGGAGGAGCAGGGCUUCUGUAGCUUCGGCGCCGGCUGCGUGUACGCGCACAGCGCCGCCGAGCUGCGGCCCUUGCCGCGCCACCCCAAGCACCGGUCGCAGCUCUGCAAGGACUUCCACGAAGGGGGCUUCUGCAGCUUCGGCGCACGCUGCAGCUUCAUACACACCAAGCGAGAGACGGCCGACAUCGUGGAGGAUGUGCUGAACAAAAUGCGAAUGGCACCUCCAAUGCCGGAGAACCCGAACACGGCCGCCACUUCUUCGUCUUCGACGGCGGGCUCGUCUGUAUUGGCAGCCAGCUGGAUCAGCUGCGAGCUGAGUGACAACGCGUCCGUCGCCGACACUGGCGGCGGCGAUGAUGUGACCGCCGGCACCGAUGUGGCGACCGCAGGUGCGACUUUAAAGGAUGACGCCCCCACACCCCGCAUCAAGAAGCGCAAGCGGCGGUCUCAGGGUAAAAAGAGCUCGUCCCUGGACCCUCGCUGGAAUCUUGGCCCCUGGAAGCGCGACGAGUCUGACAUCCCUCCCGUAACCCUUGAGCCAGGCCUGCUGGACGCACCGCUGGAACCCGACUUCCGAAGGCGCUGGAACUAUCGCUGGAGGGACAUGCCGUACCGACGCCUCGACGUCUUCGAGCAGAUCUGCCCACGCGACACCUGAACGAUGAGCGCAAUACUCAAGCGCUCGAUACACUGACGACACUUCUCCUGGCCAGUCUCUUCAGCGUGACGAAUAAUAUUGACGGCGUGCACACUGGUGUGCACCGACAUCUUAUUUACGUGAUCCGUCACAACGCUGAUUUAUGCAAAGCUGUUGACGGCACUUAUAUGCAUGCAGGAUGAAAUCAGCGUACGCUGUAACAACUAAUUCAUUUACACAUGAUUGUCUCACAGGUAUUGAGCACCUUGAGCGAGUUUUUAUUAUUAUCACGCCCUGCUUCAGUCAACUGCCCCCGAUGCCCAUGAUGGCUCAUGGUCCCUUGGCAUUAGUUGCCCAGGAACUUCCUUAUGCAACGGCACGGAUCAUCCAUUGAAUUAGCUAAAUACAAAAACCUUGAGAGUUCAUCGGUAACGCGCAUAGAAUUCGGUAAAAAUUAUAACUAACGUUUACUCGGGCGUAGCCAUACAGUCGUACCAAAGAGAGAUUUAGAAUUUUCUUGCUCAAAGUAUUUAUUCUGACAUGAGACAAAGCAAGGCGAUUAUUCCGAACACGAUGAAUAGGUGGGGUGUAGUGAUUAGCUUUCAUGAAAAAAUAUAAGCAUAGCAGACUAUUCGUUUUCAAUAUUUUUACGAAAGCUGGUCGACUUUAUUGCAUAAGAUGUAAAUAGGGUCUAGGAAUAGGACUGGCAGAACACCGGUCCGAAAUAUGAAUCGAACUUUUAAAUAAGUAUUCACUGAAAUGUGUCAUGUACGCUCACGAGUUCAAAUGUUUUGGUGAAAGUUCAUGUAUCAUGCUGAUGUUGUCAUAUUCACGUAAUAGGCGUCGUGUGUAUUUCGCAGCUGUUUACAGCUAUUCCACAGCGUGCCUUAAUUAUGUUUUUAAAAAUUGGGCCCGCUUACAUUAUCAGCAGUCUUCUUCGCUUUAUUUUUUGGCAACAGCGGCGUCCGAGCAAUGUUAUUGCGAUUUUACUACUUGCCACAAAAAUGAACAAAGUCAUCGCAUUAUAUUUGUACAGUGUGUAUAUGUGCUUUACUGUAUAUCCUAUUUUUACUGAGCCUCUGACAAGCGCCAAUUUUUGCGUGAAACUUGCACAUGCCCUUUCUCUGAGACGUGAUUUCGAAACAGCAUGCCAUUUAUUGAUAUUGUAAAUAUAUUAAAAUAUUUGAAAACAA